GAGGAGAGCAGCAAAAAUUCCCCAAACCGUUUCCGUCUGUCUCCUGCACGAUGCCGGGCUGUGAUUGACGAGCGAACGAGAAGAAAACGCACCAUGGAGAUCCAAAAGAGGCUUUCUGCGUGUUGGGAGCGUUUUCUGGGGUGUUUCAAAAAGUCUGAAGACAAGCGUGAGGCUAAAACCGACACGGUGAUUGUGAACCGAGAUGCGAGGGGGAGAGAUGAAUCGGAUUUUCAUGCGAACAGAUCUUUACCGCCGCUGCCGGUGGGGGCAACCGGAGACUUUUACAUCGCCCUGUACGACUACUCGGCCCGAACCGACCAGGACCUGAGCUUCAGCGCCGGGGACACUUUGGAGGCGCUGGAUAAAAGUCCCGGGGACUGGUGGCUUGCCAAAGCCAUCACCGGAAUUUCAGCCUCCAAAAGUGGAUAUAUCCCCGCUAAUUAUGUGGCUCCUGUGGAGAGUAUCAACGCAGAACCAUGGUAUUUUCCCGACACGAAGAGGCUGGAUGCCGAAAAAAUGCUGCUGGCCGAAGGGAACCUCCAGGGUUCCUUCCUCAUCAGAAACUGUGAAAGUCAGAGAGGAGACCUCUCACUGUCGGUGCUGGACAGUGGAAGGGUGAAGCAUUACAAGCUGAAAAAGCUGGACAAUGGUCACUACUUCGUGUCGAGGAACAGAACCUUUGAAACACUGAAGGAGUUGGUGGAGUAUUACUCCAAACAGGCGGAUGGCCUCUGUGUGCGUCUGGGUGAGCCAUGCGUAAAGAUGGAGGCUCCGCAGACCCACGGUUUGUCCUACAACACAGUGGACCAAUGGGAGAUUGAUCGCAACUCCAUCAAGCUGCUGACAAAGCUGGGAGCUGGACAGUUCGGUGAAGUGUUUGAGGGCCUGUGGAAUGGCACCACUGCCGUUGCAGUGAAGACCCUCAAACCUGGUUCGAUGGACACUGAGGACUUCCUGAGAGAGGCUCAGAUUAUGAAGAGGCUGCGGCACCCCAAGCUGAUCCAGCUGUACGCCGUCUGCACCAUGGAGGAGCCAAUCUACAUCAUCACGGAGCUCAUGACCCACGGCAGCCUGCUGGAAUACCUCCAGAAAGAUAAAGGCAGCACAUUGCGAAUCUCUGACCAAAUUGAGAUGGCUGCCCAGGUGGCGUCAGGCAUGGCUUUCCUGGAGUUGCAGAACUACAUUCACAGAGACCUGGCAGCCAGGAACGUCCUGGUGGGCGACAACAACGUCUGCAAGGUGGCUGACUUUGGCCUUGCCAGGGUCUUCAUGAAAGAAAAUGAAGACGUAUAUGAAGCCAAAGAAGGAGGUAAAUUCCCUGUGAAGUGGACAGCACCGGAGGCCAUCAACAGUAACAAAUUUUCCAUCAAAUCUGAUGUUUGGUCUUUCGGAAUUUUGCUGUAUGAGAUCAUGACAUUCGGCAAGAUGCCGUAUCCAGCAAUGUCAAACUAUCAGGUGGUGCAGAAGGUUCCUCAGGGCUACAGGAUGCCGAGUCCCCCCAACUGCCCCAAAGUCUUGUAUGACAUCAUGAUGAACUGUUGGAAGGACAACGACCAGGACCGGCCCACGUUCGAGACCCUGCAGUGGACGCUGGAGGAUUAUUUUGACCAGGACUUGACCUCCUAUGACGAUGCCAACCGUUAUUAGCACAUCAGCCGGGCUGUGACGCGUAGGAAGAAAGGACUAAAAACACUCCCUGAAAACAAAGUCAGAAUCACCGGAAUCCAAAUAUGAACAUACGCUGCGAGCUAAUACCAUAACCGAUUCAAAUGUGAUUUAAAAUUCCAUUUAUUAUGGUCAAAUGAAGCAUCUAAAUUGUUGACUAUGUAACUGACAUGCAGAGACCAAACUUUGACUACAGUCUGGUCUUCCUUUGUUUGACUACUGAAUGCACUUUCAGACUGGCAGUUUACAUGUCUGGCUCCACUCCUGAGGAUCACUUGACUGGAAGAGGCUGCUUUGAGCAGAAAGCUGCGAUCUGACAUUCCCGACCAACCAGUUCUGCUCACGCCAAGCAUAGCGCACAUUCUUUCCACCUGCGCAACUCUAACCAGAAGACACCUGAGAGGAUUUUAUGACUCACGCUCACCUAGGGCUGCUUCGCUAAGAGUCUUUGUGUCUCGGAGUAAAUAGCAGGUGCUUUCAUCUUAGUUCCUUCCAAAUGUAGCUACCAGAAGUGAUGUUAGAUUAGUAGAAAACUUGUUGUUGUUGGAGCCAAAGACAGCCGCCAGAAGGAGGCACUAUAGCAAAGCAAAAUGACAUGUAUUAAAUUACAUAAUCACAUUUUUUCACUUCACGUUUUCUCUUUAGGAAACUAACAACUGAUACAAGAGAUCGUUGAACGAAAGAACACAGUCAAGUUUGUACAGACUCCUGUUGGUGUCAUCAUGGGAACAAAAAAAAAAAAAACAACAAAUGUGCACACAAAUCAAUAAAUUGUAAUUAUUAAUAACUACGUUAUGCCCUUUUAUUAAUAAUUUGCUUGCAGGAAUCAAAUGAUAGUAACGUUUUAGCAUGCACUGAAAGGGAGACUAACUUUUGAAUGAUAACGUAUCUUUUAAUGAAUUUAAAAGUUGACUUAAAUGCACCUUUUCUCAAGUCAGCAUAGUCACGGAUUUUGACGCUUUUUGCUAUGGCAGCUAGGGAUGCUAUAGUUGAGUGACUUUGACUCUUUUCUAGUUAUUCUAUACUACAUUUUACAUUUAUCUGUAGCUGUCACAAGUGACCACAGUGGCUGCUGUUCUGUAAAAGUCGCAGACUCAUAUCAAAGUUAGUUUUUAACUGUAGAAAUGUUUACAUGCAUUUUUUAAAAAGCUACUUUAUUGUAGUUUUUUGGGGAUUAUAUUCAUAUACACUUUGAAUUUUGUGCAAACAUAAUAUGAAAAGUUACUACUCUGUUAAUUUUUCAGCACAAGCUAUACUAUCUAUUAAUUUGUGUGCACUUUUUAUUUGUCCCUCACAUCUUCUGUGAUACCGAUGUCCCAGUUUUGACAGUUCCAGGCCCCAAACACUGUUUCCUUCCACCUCUGGUAGCUACGUCACAGCACCUCACAGUAAACUCACGCCUGUCUGCUUUUACACAUAACUAACCACAUUCUUCUUGUUUAUCUACGAAUGGCUUAAUAAUGGCUUGAUGACUGAACAAUGCGACGUUGGAUUUGAUGGCUGCUUUUUUUUUGUUGAUCCUGUUAAGACUGCUGUCAGAUCAGCGGGCCUCGUUCUUCCUCAUCAUCCGUAACUACAACACUGAAGGAGACGUCACAACCAAUCAGAUGCCUUAAGCGGUUGAACCUGGUGGUUUAACUCAUGCUCUAAUGAUUUUGUACGAUGUUUUUAGUGUCAUGAAUAAAUCCUUUGUAAUUGUACAUUAGAACCAUUACAGUGUUUAUAUGUAAUCGUAUUGUAUUUUAACUUAAUUAUCCUUUAUAAUUAAAUGAAUUCUGUUGAGUA